ACUUUUUUGAACUGUCUUUCGCGCCAAACUUUUACCGUAGCUCAUAGGCUUCAGACUCUACUGGAAUGGUGAACGCCUCGUGACUGCCAACUCCAUUGCGCAAAGGAGCUAAGGUUCCUUCUCCAGCCUCAUACGUCGUAUCCAAGGAACCACACGGCAUGACCGGUAGCGAGGAUGCUCCUUCAAGUACUCGAGGGUGACGAGAUGGUCGAGAGGACGGAUACAAAAGCCGAGCAAAUCCCCAUCAAUAAAUCAGAAACAUAGCAGAGGUCUUUGAAAUAUUGAAAGGUUACCCCCAGUGUCUCAAUCACCUAAUAUGCGUUCGACUCUCCUUAUCCCCGCUCUCGCAGCAAUUGUUGCUGCCCUGCCGGCACCAGCUCCCCAAGAAAUUGAUCUCGAUUUGUUUGUCAACAUCCCCACACCGACUAUCAUUCAGGUUACCGGAGUCCCGGAUCAGACCUCUACCUACGAUACCAAGGCUAUUCUCGCCUCGGCAACUGCUGCUUCUUCCAUCUCUGUUGCUAUCACUGAUGCCGCUGCCUCCACCCCGAGUGUUGUCAAGCGUGCAGCUUGCGCAGCCGAGCCUGUCGGAUAUGGACCGGUCACCAAUCAACCCAACGACGACGCUGCUUCGUUUCUGAACAAUCCCGUCUACGGUAACACUGCCAAGUCUGCCGCUAUUCCCGUAGGAUACCAACAGACCUUCAGCAACUUGAAUGCUAGUAGCAGCGCCUACGGUUACAUUACCUUCACAAACCUGAAAUCCUACAACACAACACAAUGUGCUCUAAAGUGCAGCAAGGCCGCAGGAUGCAUGGGAUUCAACAUCUACUUUGAGAGAAACCCCAGCAAGACUCCCGACAAAACUCAAUGCCCCAACCCUGCUUCGCUGACCCAGAUCCGAUGCGUGCUUUGGGGAGGCGCGGUCACUACUGCAAACACCGUCAACACUGGACGCAAGUGGGAGCAAUUCCAAGUCGUCGUCGCCGGCUCCAACGGAUAUGUUAGCCAAAACAUUGCCGCACCUUCCGGCUACUCUGACGCCACAUUCCUCGACAAAGCAGCCAUUAACGCACCCUUUGAUACUCUAGGCUACAACACCUACAUGGGCUCCAAGCUUUUUACUUCUGGUCCUUUUAACGCAACUCUCUGCGCUGAAGCUUGCAAUGCGCAAAACGUUUACAAUCUUGCUCACCCACCCACCGAUGGCUCUCCCGUCCAAACAUGCCAAUUCUUCAACACUUACAUCAUGUCUUUGAAUGGCAAGACGGCUUUGGGUCAAUACUGCGCCAUGUACAGCAGUGCGUGGAGCAACAAGUACGCCACCAACACCGGUGCUUGGAAUGGAAAUGACAGGUACACGAUCGGUUCCUCCUACACCUUCUUCAACAGCACAAAUCCUGGCACUACACCCAAUGCUGCUGCUGCUAUUGCUCAAGCAAAGGAGGAAAUCGGCGUUUCUUCCCUCCAGAACUAUUGCAGCACUUUCUUGGGCUACAAUGAUUUGAACGCCUAUGCCACUGCCACGUCGACGAGAGUUCCCGUCUCGACUGUUACUUCGACUUCGACUUUGAAGAUCAAGGCUUCAUCGUCUUCAUCGACUGUUUCUUCAUCGGUAUCAAAGGCUUCUUCAUCGUUGUCGAAGCGUGCUGUGGCUUCUUCCAUCCCUACACCUACUCCGUUGACAAAGUACCCUGGAAGCAUCCUUUCCAGCGCUUGUUCGAUGUUGGUUACUAGCGUGCCCAAGACUGCAACUGUCACUGUCUCGACUGCCACUGUCACUGGUGCUACUAGCAGAUCUACUGUCGUCAAGACUAUCACCACCACCACUCGCUAAACGCUUGUAGUGAUGGUGGCUGGCUAAGGAACCGCUUCUGGGGAAGAGAUGUGGUUGGAGAAGAUAUUAUACAGGCUAUGUAGAUGUUUGAGUUCUCUCCUC